GGUUGACCCUCAACACUCCUGGAGACUUGGCAAUUAGCCUUGGCACAAGUGAUACUGUGUUUGGGAUAACCACUGACCAUAAACCCAGCUUGGAAGGGCAUGUUUUUCCAAACCCUGUCGAUAUAAAAGGCUACAUGGUAAUGUUGGUCUACAAGAAUGGGUCUCUGACUCGCGAAGCAAACUCCACCUCUAAAUGGUGGGAAGUGGGUUUUUACUACAAGGAGCAUGAAAUACUUCCUCCGCUCCCAGCUGGUUUCCACCGUUAUAUCCUUGAGAAUUUCAAGGGAGACUGUUUAGACGAUCUCAGUGAACGUGAAGUGGAAGAAUUUGGUCCUCCUUCUGAGAUUCGAGCAUUGGUUGAGGGUCAAUUACUUUCUAUGCGAGCUCAUGCUGAAAGAUUUGGAAUGCCUUCUCCUCCAAAGCGGAUUAUAGCUACUGGUGGAGCGUCAGCAAAUCAUUGCAUUAUAAGCUCAAUUGCUUCCAUCUUUGGGUGUAAUGUGUAUACAGUUCAAAGACCCGACUCCCUUGGGGCGGCAUUGCGGGCUGCUCACGGUUGGUUGUGCAACAAAAAGGGUAGUUUUGUGCCGAUCUCACGUAUGUACAUGGACAAGCUGGAUAAGACAUCUCUUGGCUGCAAGCUUGCGGUGUAUGCCGGAGACCAAGAACUUGUCGCCAAAUAUGCUUUGCUCAUGAAGAAGAGAAUGGAAAUUGAGAACCGUCUUGUCCAAAAGCGGGGACGUUGGUAGAGUUUGGAA